AUUUUUUUGGCUGCUUAAUGUAAUUAAAUAAUACUUUCUUAAAAUCAUUUUCUCGGUUAAAUUUCGCUACACGCAAGGUUAACACUUCAAAUCAAAAUGCUCGCUCGAACUUUGAAUCACAUCAGGAUCCUGUUACUCUGCUCAGGAUUAUUAUGGACAGCAAAGGAAAUUACCGCUUACCAUCCGAAACUUGGAAACGACGCAUUCCAUUUCAAAAGCUGCAAAAUCCUGUCACGUCCGGUGAAAGUAUGGUACACCUCCGACCGCACCGAAAUUGGCUCGGGUUUCGCCUUGAGCACGGAUUUCAGCUCAGCUCUUCCCACCAGAACGGCACAAAUACUUUUGAAUCCCAAAAACGAAGAGGAAAAGACACUGCAGAACUACUUCCUUACAAAAAAGUUCCCUUUUGACGACGUGUUUCUCGAUGAACGUGAGCAUAUUUCGUAUUUUAAGGCAUAUUCUGGCUCUACUCCACAGGAAUGGCGAAGAAUUGUACGCCAGGUGAUGACCUGGAUGCUGGAAUACAAAUAUCUGGAAACCGAUACCCGAAUGUUUAGAAAGUUCGCCGCCACCAAAGAGGAUCGAUUUUAUCAGCGGGUUAAUUACCGGCAGUUUCCUAUUCCCGUUCUGAAACAGCUACAUCCGUUGGUCGAAGACGAAUGCAGAAAAAGCUUGUUGCAUUGUUUAAAGUUCGUGCACGAGAAUGCCUACGCCCAUGCUCAACGGUUUCACAGGCAUUUGAAUCUGGAUAAAGACUACUUUUUAAAAUAUCUCCACCAGUAUCAGGACAAAUCUAGGAAUCAAAAUGUCCGUCUGCGGAAAAAGGCACUGAAGCUAGCCAAAGGAGAAUUCUGCAACAGAUUUGAUGAUUUGGGGUGGACGUGGUCACCCGUGCAGCAUUACGAGCCGUUUCUUAGCCACCAAGAUUUAUUCGAAUUUCGCGCUACGGCAAGCUACUUCCUGUGCAACUAUACACUGAAAGAAAGGAAUGAAUACAGUGCAUAUUGGAGAAAUUUUCGCGGAUCAAACUAUCACAAUGUACAGCGCUUUCGUCAAAAAGACCUAGUGGAUGAACAGCUUGCGGAAUGUGUGUACAAUCACGGAGAAAGCAUUCCCCGCUCGAAACUGAUACUGUACGACUCGCGAUACCUGUUAUUCACACUGGCCAGUGUGGACGGUUUUGAGUGCAACAAAGCUGGACCGUGCAAGAUUUCAGUAGGUGGUCGCGCAGGACGCACGUGGCAAUCUGAUUUUGUUUUCGGGGAUUUUUCUUGUGCGUUAAUGGCGUUUUGUCCCGAUCCCUGCUGCGGCGCGUUUAAGAAUCCCAUCGACGACCCAUUGGACAUUGACAAAUGCCGCAACCCACAUCCGGAUUUCCCGUGUCGUGAUGGAGGAGAAACGGAUGAAUGCGAUUUUGAUGUGAGGAAGAACAACAACUUUUAUGACCUUAUUCAAAAUCGUGUCAAUUUAUCUUGCGGUUGUAAGAAAGAUGAGGGAAAGGAGUGGAAUUCACUGCUGGCAACAUGCAUGGAUAUCGAUGAAUGCGUGCAACAGAACCCAUGCAACAAAAAUAACGAGGUUUGCGUCAACCGGCUGGGGGGACAGAAACCGUUGUGUGUCUGUGAUUUUGGGCGCAAAAGGUCGAAGAGUACGAACCAGUGCAUUCUUGAUCCGAGUAAUGUUUAUAUCAGCCGAAACGGCAGCUACCACGUUGCUCAUAAUACUUCACAAUCUAGGCCGCCCAUCGUGCAGCUGUCGGAUAAAGAAGCGAUGAAACUGGCGAUCGGCAGCAUAGAAAGAUAUUUUACUCAAAAAGCCCAUCGAAUAUCUGGACUAAAAAUCCCGGUUUCUGUGACACUGUUUUUAUUUCAGUUGUACCAAAACUCUCUAUAAAUUUAAUUGCUUGUUGAUCCCAAAAAGCAAGAUAAAAAAUUCAGGGCGAAAAACAA